UAAUUCGUGCCGAAUCCGCAACCAUUAUAGAUUCGCAUUGGCGGACACCACCUUUGGCAUCUCCGCAUCUCGUCUGAGCAUCUACCUCUCUCUCUCUCCGCAUCUGCUCAAACCCCAAAGCAUCUCUCUAUCUCUCCGAUUGGCACCCCCCUCCCCCCCUUCUUUAAAUUUAAGAACAUGGUGCUUCGUGCUUCGUGUUGAUAUUUAAAUUUCUCUCGUUUUUGUCUAUCUACAAGAAUUUCAAAUAGUGAUUUUCUUAUCGUCUAGUGUUUUGAUUUAUCCCUCUUUCUUUAUUUGUCCCCAUUCCUUGGAUUCUCAUUUAAUUGACUCUCCCUGGCUUCACUCGGUGCCUUGUUGUCGCGUUUGAUCUGAGCUCUGUUUCUACCUCAGAAUUGCAAAUAUAAAAUCUUUUCUGAAGAAUUCCCAUCUGAGUCUUCUGUCUCAGUCGGUGUUUCUUCAAUUUCUGAAAAUGGGUGGUGGAAAGCAAAUUAGUGGGAUGUCAGAAGUUAUAUCGGAAACAAUGGAGAAGCACCAACUGAGCUUUUCAAAGGAAGGGAAAGGGAAGAGAUUGUGGAAGAAAGUGAAGUACCAGCUUGUAGAAUAUCAUUCUUUGCCUGGUUAUUUAAGGGACAAUGAGUACAUAGUGGGCCAUUACCGAUCUGAAUGGCCGUUGAAGCAGGUUCUGCUAAGCAUCUUCAGUAUACACAAUGAGACAUUAAAUGUUUGGACGCAUUUGAUUGGGUUCUUCCUUUUCCUUUCCUUGACCAUAUACACAGCCAUGAAGGUUCCAAAGGUGGUUGAUCUUCACUCUUUACAACUUCCAGAUGUUUUGAAAGCUGAUUUGCACAAAUUGCAUGAAUGCCUCCCUUCUUUACCUACCCUGCCUAAUAUUCACAGACUUAGGGAGGAAAUAAGGACUACAUUGCCCUCAAUGGAUUUGCUUCCAUCCCUCUCUGGAUGGCACAUUAUGGAACUUCUGUACAAUUGUUUGCCUGAGCGAUUCUUCAGUGGCAACCACACAGAUGUCUGCGUUCUGCGUAGUAUGAAGGAGGAUGUAGUAAAAAUGAUAGCCCCCCUGAUGGUGAGGCCAAUCACACGGUGGCCCUUUUUUGCUUUCCUUGGUGGGGCCAUGUUUUGCUUGCUGGCUAGCAGCACAUGCCACCUUCUCUCCUGCCACUCUGAGCGCAUGUCAUACAUUAUGCUUAGGCUUGACUAUGCUGGAAUUGCAGCCCUCAUAUGUACUUCCUUUUAUCCCCCUGUUUAUUACUCCUUCAUGUGCGACCCUUUCUUCUGCAACCUCUAUUUGGGAUUCAUAACCAUUUUGGGAAUUGCCACAAUUUUGGUGUCUCUCCUGCCAAUGUUUCAAACCCCAGAAUUUCGUACCAUUCGAGCAGCUCUCUUCUCUGGUAUGGGCAUGUCUGGAAUAGCACCAAUCCUGCACAAGCUUGUCCUGUUCUGGGACCAGCCUGAGGCUCACCACACAACAGGAUAUGAAGUUUUGAUGGGGAUUUUGUACGGAAUUGGAGCAUUGGUUUAUGCUACAAGGAUUCCAGAACGAUGGAUGCCUGGAAAAUUUGAUAUUGCAGGGCACAGCCACCAACUUUUCCAUAUAUUUGUAGUGGCUGGAGCUUACACUCAUUAUCAUGCUGGGCUAGUUUACCUCAAGUGGAGAGACCUGGAAGGGUGCUAGAGGGAAAAAGAAAAAAAAAUCCUGAAUCGUAAAAUAACAUAGCAGAAUUCACUGUAUAAAUAAUUAGGUGAAGUAAAUCUAGAUAUAUGAAUGCAGUGGAAAACAGAAUUGCUAUAUCCUCCAUUCUGUGUAUAAUUUAUCCAUGAUGAUGGAUCAUGUAUGAUUGUACUGCUGUAUUUGAAGGGAUAUAAUAUUCUUUGUAUGGAGCCUGUCUGCUGUAUUUGACGGGACAUAGUAUUCAUUGUAUGGAGCCUGUCUCAAAUAGCAUGGAAAAUUGCUGCGUUAUUUUUCA